AUGGCUGGCAAACCUGUCGACAUCAAGGUCCUAAAGCAGGGCAAUGGUCAAGACCGCCCCCAAGCUGGCGACACCGUGACUAUCGAGUACACGGGCUGGCUUCACGAUGCCAGUGCUGGUGCAGGCAACGACUUCAAGGGCAAACAAUUCGAUAGCUCCCGCGGCCGUGGAGACUUUGUCACCCAGAUUGGCGUCGGCAAGGUCAUCAAGGGUUGGGACGAGGGUGUCCAGCGCAUGACGCUCGGUGAAAAAUCCACGUUGACCAUUGACUCGAGCAAGGCCUACGGAGAGAGUGGUUUCCCGGGCCACAUUCCCCCAAAUGCGCAGCUUAUCUUCGACGUCGAGCUCAAGGGCAUCAACAACAAGCGCGCUUAG